GAACAGUUACGUGCAGAUGCCGUGAUUUAUGGUAUUGGGAUUGUCCCGAAUGCACAACUGGCAGUCGAUGCUGGUUUAGCGGUUGAUAGUGCCAUUCAAGUGAAUGAACACUGCCAAACUUCACAUCCAGAUAUUUAUGCUGCGGGUGAUGUCGCGACCCAACUUCGUGCUGAUGGUCAGUACCGUCGUGUGGAAACAUGGGAAAAUGCCAAUUUACAGGCUGGAAUUUUUGCCCGUCACGUGAUGAGUGUAGAGCAUCCAAAAGCAAAUCCUGCAUGGUUUUGGACGGAUCAGCUCGAUAUUAACUAUCAGUUUGUUGGUGAUAUGGCCGCAGCAGAGUGGAUUGUUCGUGGCGAAAUUCGACCUGAACUCCGUGCAGCCUCUUCGUUUGUUCUGUUUGGAGUGACCGAUGGUGUUAUCGUGGGGGGAAUUACAGUGAAUGCAGCCAAAGACAUGCGACAUUUGAAAAAAAUGAUUGGCAAACAAGUCAUCUUUGAUGCAGAAAAACAUUUAGACGUGUUGCAGGAUUUACGUAAAAUUGCCUGA